CGUCAGUAAAACGCGCCAGAAGAAGCUGACCUUCUCCUCUUCCUGGAUACAACACCAUUUUUACAUCUCCUUCUUCCUAACAGAUUUCAAAAAAAAAAAGUAAACACAAAGGUCGUCGAUUCUGUGUCCAACGAGAAGAAGAAGAAGAAGAAGAAGAAGAAGAAGGGGGUUUAGGGUUUUGAUUCAAUGGCCUUGUUUCGCAAAUUGUUCUACCGCAAGCCUCCAGAUGGUUUGCUCGAGAUUUGCGACCGAGUUUUCGUGUUUGACUGCUGCUUCUCCUCCGAUUCUUGGGAAGAAGAGAACUACAAAGUUUACAUGGCGGGAGUAGUCAACCAGCUGCAGGAGCACUUCCCCGAUGUAUCCUCUCUUGUCUUUAAUUUCCGUGAAGUGGGUACUCGUAGCGUGAUGGCUGAUGUCUUAUCAGAACACGGCUUGACCAUAAUGGAUUACCCUCGCCACUACGAAGGCUGCUCUUUAUUGCCUGUGGAAGUCAUGCACCAUUUUCUCCGCUCGAGUGAAAGCUGGCUCUCGCUUGGCCCAAGUAACUUGUUGCUUAUGCAUUGCGAGCGAGGGGCUUGGCCUGUUCUGGCUUUCAUGCUAGCUGCGCUGCUUAUAUACAGGAAGCAGUACAGUGGCGAGUUAAAGACUUUGGAUAUGAUCUACAAGCAGGCUCCGCGUGAGCUUCUUCAGUUGUUCUCGCCGUUGAACCCUAUUCCUUCUCAGUGUCGAUAUCUACAGUACGUGUCUAGAAGGAAUCUGGUCUCUGAAUGGCCUCCUCUGGAUAGGGCUCUCACUAUGGACUGUGUUAUUUUGAGAUUUGUUCCUGAUGUGAGUGGACAAGGAGGCUGCCGCCCAAUCUUCCGGGUGUAUGGUCAGGAUCCGCUUUUUGUUGAUGAUAAAAAGCCCAAGCUUUUGUACUCCACUCCUAAGAAAGGGAAACACCUUAGGGUCUAUAAGCAGGCAGAAUGUGAAUUAGUCAAGAUUGACAUCAAUUGUCAUGUUCAAGGUGAUAUCGUGAUUGAGUGCCUCAGUUUGAACGACGACCUGGUAAGAGAGGUCAUGUUGUUUCGAGUGGUUUUCAACACAGCUUUUAUUAGAUCAAACAUCUUGAUGCUUAACCGUGACGAAGUAGACACAUUAUGGCAUAUUAAAGACCAAUUCCCAAAGGGGUUCAGAGUUGAGCUUCUCUUCUCAGAUAUGGAUGCUGCCUCGUCUGUUGACGUCAUGGAUUUUUCGUGCUUGGAGGAGAAAGAUGGUCUUCCAAUAGAAGUUUUUUCCAAAGUUCAGGAGCUCUUCAAUCAAGUUGACUGGGCUGAUCAGACGGAUGCCACUCGCAAUAUGCUUCAGCAUUUAGCUAUUGCAAAUGCUGUCCAUGAAAGACCAGAGGGGGGGAAUUCAAGCCCAAGACUACAAGGGUUAAGCCCCAAAAGUAUCCAUGAUUUAGUGAAACAGGCAGCAAUGGAUAGUAAUGCAAAGUUAAAAUUGUCUUCAGUGUCCGAGGUUGAAACGGUGGACUCACCGGAGAAACAACCUACUGGUACAGCCAAGAACUUUAUAGCAGAAGAUACGCAUUCUGUCCUUCAGAUAAGUGGCCAGGAUGCAACAAAGUUGUCAGGUCAAGAGUCCCCUUCUCUCAAGCUUGUGCAUCAUUCUGCAACGGUUAAACCUUUUGUGGACGGUUCUGAAUUCUCUGAAAAAGCCGAGGAAAAUAAUGGGAAAGUGGUCUCAUUUGCGUCUUCCACGCCGUCACUACCUCAUCCUACUAUAACAUCGUUGGCUCCAGUAGCAGCACCUCCCCCUCCUUCACCUCCUCCGGUUCCAACUGUUGCUUCUCAACCGUCAGAAAAGUUGCAGCAUUCUGUUGUCCAACCGGCUGAAACAGUUUCACAGGGAAAUUCGUGGGUGUCAUUAGCUGGCUCUACAUUUCAUCAAACAACUCCAAACGAAAAACAUCCCGUGACACUGCCUCCAACUUCUCUUGCAUCCGAUGUUUCUCCUCAGGAGUCUUCUAGAAUAACAAAAUCAUCGUCGGUUCUGCCAUCUGCUACAUUAUCAGCUGGUCCUACCAAACCUUCCCAAGCUGAGACAUCUGGUUCUUUUUGUCCUGCUUCACCUCCAAUAGGAGCUCCCAAUGAUGUGGCUUCACCUCUUGGACAACCGGCUAGAUUACCUCCUCCAGUGUCUAAGUCAGACAAAACACAUGGGUUACCUCAACCGCCACCUCCUCCCCCUCCUACUCCUCCUCCAAUGCAGUAUUCAGAUCAGAACAUAGUCGCUGCAGUUUCCCCUCCUAUACCAUCCCCAGCACCAGCUAUCGCUGCCUCUCCAGUGUCUAACUCAGACAAAACACAUGGGUUACCCCGACCGCCACCUCCUCCCCCACCUCCUUCUCCAAUGCAGCAUUCAGACGAGAAUACAGUCGCUAGAGUUUCCCCUCCUGUACCACCCCCAGCGCCAGCUAUAGCUGCCUCCCCUCCCCCUCCCCCUCCUCCUCCUCCUCCAGCUCCCCCGAUACCACAAUCUCAUGGAAACUCUGCGAUUAAAAGCUCACCUCCUGCACCUCCACGGCCUCCUGCUCCUCCUCCCCCUCCAAACGCACCACCUCCACCAGGUCAGAUGAAGGCACCGUCAGCACCACCUCCACCCCCGUUAGGUCAGAUGAGGUCACCAUCAGCACCACCCCCUCCUCCGAAAUUAGGAACUAAGUCAUCCCCAUCUUCUGGUACUGGUGUGCCUCCGACACCUGCUUUACCAGGUGGGUCUCUUUCAUCAGGAAAAGGGAGAAUGUUACGUGUAAAUUCAAAGAAUACAGCCAAAAAGUUGAAGCCAUACCACUGGUUGAAACUGACAAGAGCUGUUAAUGGGAGCUUAUGGGCAGAAACACAAAUGUCUAGCGAAGCUUCUAAGGCUCCUGAGAUUGACAUGACAGAGCUUGAAAGUCUUUUCUCAUCUGCUCCAGAAGAGGCAGGAAAGUCGAGACUAAAUAGCUCUCGUGGACCUAAACCCGAGAAAGUUCAACUGAUUGAACACAGGCGAGCAUACAAUUGUGAAAUUAUGCUUUCAAAAGUGAAAGUACCUCUGCAGGAUUUGAUGUACUCAGUGCUUAACCUGGAGGAAUCGGCUCUUGAUGCUGAUCAGGUUGAGAAUCUAAUCAAGUUUUGUCCAACAAGAGAAGAAAUGGAAUUACUUAAGGGUUACACUGGUGACGUGGACAAGCUUGGAAAAUGCGAGCUGUUCUUCUUAGAGAUGAUGAAAGUCCCACGAGUGGAAACAAAGCUUAGGGUAUUCUCAUUCAAAAUUCAGUUCCGUUCUCAGAUCUCUGAACUCAAGAAUAGUCUAAGUGUUGUGAACUCCGCAGCAGAACAGAUAAAGAAUUCUGAGAAAUUCAAAAGAAUAAUGCAGACAGUUUUGUCCCUUGGAAACGCCUUAAACCAGGGGACAGCUAGGGGUGCUGCGGUGGGGUUUAAGCUGGACAGUCUGCCAAAACUCAGUGAAACACGGGCGCGUAAUAACCGUAUGACUCUGAUGCAUUAUCUAUGCAAGAUUCUUGCUGAGAAAAUGCCAGAAGUUUUAGAUUUCACGAAAGAUUUAUCCUCACUUGAGCCUUCAACAAAGAUUCAACUGAAGUUUUUGGCGGAGGAGAUGCAAGCUAUAAACAAGGGACUGGAGAAAGUCGUACAAGAACUAUCCUUGUCCGAAAAUGAUGGCCCAAUCUCACAUAACUUUAACAAGAUAUUGAAGGAGUUCCUUCUUUAUGCGGAAGCAGAAGUAAGGUCCUUGGCUUCACUCUAUUCCGGAGUGGGACGAAACGUGGAUGGCUUAAUUCUCUACUUUGGUGAAGACCCAGCUAAAUGUCCAUUUGAACAGGUGGUGUCUACCCUUCUAAACUUUGUAAGGCUGUUCAACCGUGCGCAUGAAGAAAACGGAAAACAACUUGAGGCAGAAGCUAAGAAGAAAGCUGAAGACGAGAAAUCAAAAAUAAGUGAAGUAGAUAAAGAAAGCAGGAAGCCCUUGUCCUUGGAGGAACAAGUUAAGAAGGAGAAAACAAAAAUAAGUGGAUUUGAUAAAGAAACCAAGGAGACACUGGAUGAAGGAACCCCUGCUUGAAAAACUGCUCCUUUCUAUUUUUAGAUGGCAAUGGAAGUAAAACAGUGUAGGACGGGAACGGACCGGCGAAGGUGAGGAGGCUAUGCGGCUUAAACCCAUGGUGUUUCCAGACAAUAUGAAAAGUGCAGCAUUGUCACUUAACGACAAAGCUAACUUGUAAAAUAGGGAGGGGGUAUAAAAUAAUGUAAUUAGAAAACAAUAAACACAACUACAUCAUACAUGCCUGGUCAAAUCUGCAAUAAGCAAUGUUAUUCCCUUCUUUAAAAUUGUACAAGAGGCAAAGUGUCUACUUUUGCAUAUAAUAAGAAAAACUCCUCUGUA